AAUAUAUCGCUGCGUAAAAAACUUGUUCAUGUAAUUCUAUCAAAAUGGAAACUAAAGAAAAACUUUGUUUCAUGGUCAUUCUCUUUAUCUUAAACUCAGUUUCUCACGUUGAAGGAUAUUAUCGUCGUUACUACCGUAGCUACUAUUAUUAUUCCAACGAUGGCUUAUCAAUUGGUGCGAUUGUUGGUAUUGUGAUUGGUGGUCUAUUUGUCAUAGGAAUAACGAUUACUUUCAUAGUCGCCAUGUGUGGUGCUUUUUGUUUCAGCAAACGAUCACACCGAUCUGUAACCAGUGUCCCAAGCAAUAAUAUCGCAGUGGUAGCAGCACAUCCGGGAUAUCCUCAAAUGCAGCCAAUGAACCAUCAAUUUUAUGUACCAGCAAACCAAUUUCCUCCACCACCAGCAUACUACGAAAGUCAGAAUCAAACACUUCCAAUGGGAACAAACGUUUUCCAGACACCAUCUGCUCCAAUGCCUGACAGACACAACUCAGAAUCAGCCAAUCCUUUCCUGACAACAACAAACUUUGGAAACUAUAAUAGAUAAAAGUCUAAUUUGAAUAAUUUCACUAGAUAUUCGAACAAAUUAUCAUUUUUUUUAAAUGUUUUUGUUGAAUAAAUCAAAACUG